UUGCAAUUUGUAAAAGACAGGCAGAAAAACAUAACAGGUGAUGACCGCAGUGAGAAUCGACGAGAUGACGCACGCGGUAUAUUGGCUUCCGUAAUGAAAGACCUCCGUGGGUAUACCCAGCAAGCUUAUACCAGAGACGUGGCUAAACAGAUAAAGAGAAGACUCACUGACCUAGCCAGGAUGCUCAUCGCAACAGGAAAAGAUCCCAUCCGUUUACCGCCCAGGAAAUACUCCGUUGUGCUGUCUUGCUUGCUGAAGAAGCCAAAGUACACACCGAUGAGAACGCUGACGAGCAGCAGCAGCCCAAAGAGCGUGUAAUCAAGCCAUCCGAACACGAAAUGAUUCAAAUUCUCCGUUUGGUCAAACGGGAUGCUGGUGUGAUGGGUAAGCAAAAGCGGCAGCGGCAAAAGCCUCACAAGGAAAAUCCCACUGGAUUGCCGUCCGUCAAGGAGUUCGAAUUGAACGAGCAGUUUGCGAAAGGAGAGAAGGAAAAGAUUUUGCAGAAUGUUUACGAUGAUAUACAAUCGAGUAAUCUCGAGGAAAAAUUAUCUGCCCUGCAAAUACUGGCAUCAAUGUCUUGCGACUUUUCUAUGGCCAAACAAAUUGCUAAAGAUGGAAUAGCAAAAAUCAUUGGUCCACUUUUGAUUCAUCAUAACGCUGCUAUACGAGCAAAUACUGCAUACACCUUGCGUGAAAUUGCUGAAAAUGGUAGGGAAGAAGUGUGUAAUGAUUUAAUCAAAGAUGAUAUUAUAACUCCGCUUGCUGCAUUACUGAGACAGUACUAUUUGGAUUGGAAACCAAAAGAAGUUGGAGAUGAAAAAGUGACAUUUAUUCGAGCAGUUAGCUUGUUGUGGAUAUUAUGUGCAAAUAAUGAAAGGGCAAUCAAGCGAGCUAAUGAGGAAGAUUUGGUAUUAUUCUUGAUAAAAUUUUUAGAUGUUAAUAUUUAUGGAAUAGAGAUUGUUACGAUCGUAACUCGAUCCAUGAUAUGCUUAUCGGAUGAGAACGAUGCUGCCAUUAAUAAAAUUAAACAAAGUGAAUCAGUUUUGUUUAGUUUACUGGAUUUAAAAGCAGACGGUGAGGCUGCUUUUAAAGUAUUGUCGUUAAAAACUUGUGUAGCUGAUAUAUUAAUCAAUAUCAGUAAUUAUACUGACAAUAACCAGAUGCAUAUAUUUCAUAAAGUGUUAAUGGUAUUGUCUGACGUACUUGCAAUCGAUCAUCUACAAACGCUGUCUCAUUUAAUAUCUAUCCUGCCGCAUGAAAGCAAUGCUUCGAACGAUAAGAGAAAAAAAAUACAGGAAAGUAUAAAAAUAUUGGAAGUGCAAGAACAAGCUUUACAGAUUUUAGCAAACUUAUGUUUUGAACAUGAGGACAAUGCAACUGAUUCUGACACCGACGAUUUUGAAACAAUGGAGCUAGAGUCUGAAAAUUUCGAUGAUAAUUCUAUGAAUGAAGAUUUGAAAAUGUCGACGCUUCCAAUGGAACUAGUUGAAAUUAUAAACAGCUGUAACUUGAUUGAUAAAAUUUGGGAAAAAGCUAAAUUUGUAGUGGAUGAAAGCAACCAGGAAAUCCUGGAUCAAACCGAAGAGGGAAAAGCAACAUUGAAACAAUUUCGCGACAUUCAGUGUGCAGCUUUUUUAUGUUUAAACAAUUUAUUACCUAGCAUAGAGAUCGAUGUUUUUGGAGGCGUUGAUAAUUUAUUUGGGAAAUGGAUGGAGAUUGCAACAGAGUUUAAAUACGUUAUCAGGAAGGAUGAUGAGAAAUCAGAUGCGAAUAUUACAGAAGCGGGUACUGCUGCUAUGAGAGCUAUUCUUCAACGUUUAGUCGAAGUACGGGCAAAUGUCGUCGAAUUAAAUCAAUUAACUUGUAACGAUAUCCAACCGAUGUUAAAUGAAGUGAAUCAAUGUAUCAAUACGAAUGUCCGCGUUAAUAUGAUAAGGAUGCUCUGUAAUUUAGUACUGAUUAUGUUAAAUAACAAAGAUUCAAAAAAUUAUGAAAUGAUAAAGCUUGUUUCCACGUCCUUAUUAGAUAUUUCCAAAACUGAAACUCAUGUAUGGGUGAUAGCAGAAUCUCUAGAUGCAAUAAUGGAUAUUUAUGCAGAAGAUGAAACCGAUCAUCUAGCAGCAGAUAUUAAAUUAGUCCAGAGAUUGCUAUCUGUAAUGCCACAUUUCAAAAAUAAGAUGCAUCAGCAGAAGAAACAUUUACAAGAUGGCACAGUCAUAGUAUCAACUGUGAACGCAAAUUUAAUGAGGUUUAUAAAAUAUAAACAAAAGCGUCUAGGAAUUAAACCAAAAUAAACGUUAUGAAACAAUUGUUUUUAUUCGACAAUUGUUUUGUUUCGAAUUACAGACAUUAUGAAUGAAAAUAUUUCUACAAUAAAUAACUUGUAAAAUACUUUUGAAAA